CAGCUCUAUUUCAAGAAUCAGGCAUCACCGUAUGUUUUUUUGUCUGUCAUUUCAAGAAAACAUUUUGUAUUAACUGAAAUAUGGCCUCACACGCCGAUUUAAUUGCACAAUUUAUAGAAAUUACCGGCUCUGACGAGAACGUCGCCAGUUUCUAUCUGUCUAGCUGUGAUUGGGACAUCGAGCAAGCAUUGGGAAACUACUGGAGCACCCAGGUUGAUGCACCACCCACUCCCACAAAUGCAGCUCAAACUAACAAUCCUAAAGUAGAUGUGCCGCCACCCGCGGCCACGACAACAUCGACUAAAAGCAAUGCUGGUAGUGGUAGUGAUAAUGCGUCAGGAUCAGGAGGAUCAGCAACAGGGUCAGGGCCACCAAAGCCGUCCAGUACCAAGCCAAAGUUUGCCACACUGAGUGAUAUGUCCAAGCAACCAUCCAGUGAUGAGGAGCACCAGGCCUUCUACGCAGGCGGAUCGGAUCGUUCGGGUCAACAAGUCUUGGGACCAGCAAAACGCAAAAACUUUCGUGAACAACUUACUGACAUGAUGCGUGCCGCCCAGGAACAAAAUAUUGCCGAAGUUGGCGUGGGACCAUCUACAAGUGCCACUGCCGCCGGUGGCGGAGGUGGCCAGGUUUGGGGUCAAGGAAUGCGUUUGGGCAUGACUGAAAACGAUCACACGGCAGUGGGUGCCAAUCGACCCAGUAGCAGCGCCACUGGGGGACAGGAAAAUAAGCCAGUAGUGGUCUUAAAACUAUGGAGUCAAGGUUUCUCCAUUGAUGGCGGCGAGUUGCGUCACUAUGAUGAUCCACAGAAUAAAGAAUUUCUAGAGACUGUAAUGCGUGGUGAAAUUCCCCAAGAACUCUUGGAAAUGGGUCGCAUGGUUAAUGUCGACGUCGAGGAUCAUCGACAUGAGGACUUCAAGCGCCAACCUGUGCCACAAACAUUCAAAGGCUCUGGGCAACAGCUAGGUAGUCCAGUGGCCAAUAUAGUGACAAACAAAGCUCCAUCUCCGGAUGCUCUGACUCCUGCAGAAGCCGCCAAUCAAGAGACUACAGCUCGAAACGCUAUUAACUUAAAUUCGGCAGAGCCAUUGACCACAUUGCAGAUACGUCUAGCGGAUGGUUCUCGUCUGGCAGCUCAAUUUAAUCUAACACACACAGUGUCUGAUAUUCGUCGUUUUAUUCAAACAGCUCGUCCACAGUACUCUGAGAGCCACUUUGUUUUAGUCUCAUCAUUUCCAACACGCGAACUAAGUGACGAUAGUUCAACCAUUGAAAAGGCUGGCCUCAAGAACGCAGCGCUAAUGCAACGUCUUAAAUAAAAUUCCCCCAUAUGUCGAAAUCCAAAUUAAAGGCAAAAACAUGUUCCAUAUUA